UCACUUUGAACCGGGUUGGCGGGAGUGGCGGCCGGCAAAGGGGCUUGGGCCGCUGGCCUUUUGCAGGCUCUAGUCUGAGCUGUCCAGCGAUGGAACCCUCCACCAGGAGCGAGGAGAGUGGAGGAGGUGCGGCGACAGGGGAGUGCGUGAAUAGGAUCCCGGUGCCAAGACCGCCCUCCAUUGAGGAAUUCACCAUAGUGAAGCCCAUUAGCCGGGGCGCCUUCGGGAAAGUGUAUCUGGGGCAGAAACGCGGCAAGUUGUAUGCAGUGAAGGUUGUCAAAAAAGCAGACAUGAUCAACAAAAAUAUGACUCAUCAGGUCCAAGCUGAGAGAGAUGCGCUGGCACUAAGCAAGAGCCCUUUCAUUGUUCAUUUGUAUUAUUCACUGCAGUCCGCAAGCAAUGUCUACUUGGUAAUGGAGUAUCUUAUUGGUGGAGAUGUCAAAUCUCUCUUACACAUAUAUGGUUAUUUUGAUGAAGAAAUGGCCGUGAAAUAUAUUUCUGAAGUAGCAUUGGCUCUGGACUACCUUCAUCGACAUGGAAUUAUCCACAGGGACUUGAAACCAGACAACAUGCUUAUUUCCAAUGAGGGUCAUAUUAAACUGACAGAUUUUGGGCUUUCCAAGGUUACUUUGAAUAGAGAUAUUAAUAUGAUGGACAUUCUUACAACACCAUCAAUGGCAAAACCUAGACAAGAUUAUUCAAGAACCCCAGGACAAGUAUUAUCUCUCAUCAGCUCUUUGGGAUUUAAUACAUCAGUAGUAGAAAAAAAUCAAGACUCUGAAGACAUCCUUUCAACUCAUCUAUCUGAAAUAUCACAAUUUUCUCAAGACACGUGUCCUAUGUCUAUUGAUGAAAAGGAUGCUACUCCUUAUUCUAGCAAACUACUAAAAUCAUGUCUUGAAACGCUUACCUCCAACCCAGGAAUACCUGUGAAGUGUCUGACAUCUAAUCUGCUCCAAUCUAGGAAAAGGCUGGCUACGUCCAGUGCCAGUAGUCAAUCCCACACCUUCAUAUCCAGUGUGGAAUCAGAAUGCCACAGCAGUCCCAAGUGGGAAAAGGAUUGCCAGGAGAGUGACGAGGCAUUGGGCUCUACAAUGAUGAAUUUGAAUACAGCUGAAAAGUUAGGUGCAGAAUCUACAAAUGCCAUCAAAAUCCAAAGUUUCCAUAAAAAGGAUCUUGAGUUAGCCAUUUCUCCCAUUCAUGACAGCAGUACAGUUCCUGCCCUUGGGAGCUCUCAUGGAAACCUUGCCCCAAAAUGCUUCUCUGGGGAAGUUUCUUGGGAAGCAGGAGAACUUGAAAUAAACAUAAAGACAGCCACUGGCACAAGACAAUCUGAUCUCCAUCAGGUGAAUCAGUGGGCCGUGGAUUCUGGUGAGAUGUCUGAAGAGUACCUUGGGAAAAGAAGUUUAAAAAGAAAUUUUGAAUUGGUUGACUCCAGUCCUUGUCAGGAAAUUAUACAGAAUAAAAAAAGUUGUGUGGAAUAUAAGCAUGAUAAUGAAACAAUGAAUUGUUAUACAAAUCCAAGUACAAGCUUAACAGCUGAUGUUCAGAACCUGAAGCUAUCAACACACAGAAGUCAACAAAAUGACUAUGCUAAUAAGGAGAACAUUGUCACUGCUUUUAUUGAUAAACAACAAACACCAGAAAAAUUAUCUAUACCAAUGAUAGCAAAAAACCUCAUGUGUGAACUGGACAAAGAUUGUGAAAAGAAUAAGAAGGGACUCUUAAGUUCCAGUUUUCUAUGUUCUGAUGAUGACAGAGCUUCUACAAGUAUGUGUAUGAACUCUGAUUCAUCUCUUCCUGAAAUUUCUAUAAUGGAAAGUUCAUUAGAAAGGCAAUCCUUAGAUCCAGAUAAAAGCAUCAAAGAAUCUUCUUUUGAAGAAUCAAAUAUUGAAGAUCCAAUUAACGUAUCACCAAACUGCAAAGAAAAUACCUUACCGAAAGGUGUUGAGACCUCUGAUGUCCAAGACAGUAACCAAAAAAUGUUAGCUCCUUCUUUGGAAGUGUUGAAAAUGUUCACCUCUAAAAGAAAUGCUGUUGUUUUUCGAAGUUUUAACAGUCAUAUUAAUGCAUCCAAUAACUCAGAACCAUCCAAAAUGAACACUGCUUCUUUAGAUGCAAUGGAAAUUUCGUGUGCUUAUAGUGGUUCAUAUCCCAUGGCUAUAACCCCUACCCAAAAAGGAAAAGUCUCUAUACCAUAUCAGCAGACUCCAAAUCAGAUCAAGUCAGGAACUCCAUAUCGAACUCCAAAGAGUGUGAGAAGAGGGGCAGCCCCAGUGGAUGAUGGGCGAAUUCUAGGAACCCCCGACUACCUCGCACCUGAGCUGUUACUAGGCAGAGCCCAUGGAAUUCUGACUUCGGGUCCUGCAGUAGACUGGUGGGCACUUGGAGUUUGCUUAUUUGAAUUUCUGACAGGAAUUCCUCCUUUCAAUGAUGAAACACCACAACAGGUGUUCCAGAAUAUUCUGAAAAGAGAUAUUCCUUGGCCAGAAGGUAAAGAAAAGUUAUCUGAUAAUGCUCAAAGUGCAGUAGAAAUACUUUUAACCAUUGAUGAUACAAAGAGAGCUGGAAUGAAAGAACUGAAACAUCACCCUCUCUUCAGCGACGUGGACUGGGAAAAUCUGCAGCAUCAAACUAUGCCUUUCAUACCCCAACCAGAGGAUGCAACAGAUACAUCCUAUUUUGAAGCCAGGAAUAACGCUCAGCACCUGACUGUAUCUGGAUUUAGUCUAUAGCACGUAUAUUUCCUGUCAGUCGAACCUUGUGUUAUAGAAAUGCUUGCAUAAUUAUAUACUUCUUAAUAAUAAACUGAUCUAAGGGGGGAGAAAUUAUACUUGGGUCAAUGUGCAUUUAAUGUAUUUACAGCUUUCACAGGGUUAAAAGGCUGUCAGGAAUGUAAUUGGCAAUUUAUCUUAAUUUCAGAACUGUAUAUUAAUCUUAAAAGCUUUUUUGUCUUAUUUAUUUUGUUUACUGCACUUUAUGAAAACUAAAGCAUCAAUAAAACUAGAAUGACACUAA